AUGGCUCCCAGCAGGCCAAAGGCAAAGCUCACCUGCCUCAGCAUGGAGCUCACCGCUGCCCCCUGCUGCCUCUGGGUGAAGCUGUGGGCGUCAGCUUUCGGAGGAGAGAUGAAGUCCAUUUCAGCCAAAUACUCUGGUUCCCAGCUCCUGCAAAAGAGGCUGGUGGAUGCAGCAGAGGAAGCCCACCUCCAACACGAAGAGGACCCUGACCUCCAGUACGAGUACUUCAACGCGGUGCUCAUCAACGAGGUGGACAAGGAGAACAACAGUGUUGAGCUGGGGGGGCGCUUUCUGCUGCAGUCCAACGACCACUUCAACAACCUGCCCGUCAACCUCAGCCUCAGUGUGGUGCAGGUGCCCACCAACAUGUACAACAAGGACUCAGCAAUAGUCAACGGAGUGUAUUGGUCGGAGGCCUUAAACAAAGUGUUUGUGGAUAACUUUGAGAAGGACCCAUCGCUCAUAUGGCAGUACUUUGGCAGUGCCAAAGGCUUCUUCAGACAAUACCCAGGGAUCAAAUGGAAGCCUGACGAGCACGGGGUGAUCGCGUUCGACUGUCGCAACCGGAAGUGGUACAUCCAGGCAGCCACCUCCCCAAAGAACGUGGUUAUCCUGGUGGACGUCAGCGGCAGCAUGAAGGGGCUGAGGCUGACCAUCGCCCGGCAGACCGUCUCAUCCAUCCUGGACACGCUGGGCGACGACGACUUCUUCAACAUCAUCGCAUAUAAUGAAGAGCUGCAUUACGUGGAGAAAUGUCUGAAUGGAACUCUGGUCCAAGCAGACGUCACCAACAAGGACUACUUCCGAUUGCGUCUGGACAAACUGUUUGCUAAAGGCAUCGGCAUGCUGGACGUCGCUCUGACCGAAGCCUUUAACCUCCUUACUGAUUUCAACCAGACGGGGCGAGGCAGUGAGUGCAGCCAGGCCAUCAUGCUGGUGACGGACGGGGCGGUGGACACCUACGACGCCGUCUUCGCCAAGUACAACUGGCCUGACCGCAAGGUUCGCAUUUUCCCCUACCUGAUUGGCAGAGAGUCCGCCUUCGCUGAUAAUCUGAAAUGGAUGGCGUGUGCGAACAAAGGGUACUUCACCCAGAUCUCCACCCUGGCGGACGUGCAGGAGAACGUGAUGGAGUACCUCCACGUGCUGAGCCGCCCCAAGGUGAUAGACCAGGAACACGACACGGUGUGGACAGAGGCCUACAUCGAUAACACUAUGGAGGAUGGUCGGGACCCAGUGCUGAUGACCACCGUGGCGAUGCCAGUCUUCAGUACCAAGAACGAAACGAAAAACCGAGGCAUUCUGCUGGGAGUGGUAGGAACCGAUGUGCCUGUGUCAGAGCUUCUAAAGACCAUCCCCAAAUAUAAGUUGGGCAUCCACGGCUAUGCGUUUGCAAUCACCAACAACGGCUACAUCCUCACCCACCCAGACCUGCGACCCCUUUACGGCGACGGUAAGAAGCGCGGGGGGAGGAAGCCCAGCUACAGCAGCGUGGAUCUGUCCGAGGUGGAGUGGGAGGACCGGGACGACGCGCUGAGGAACGCCAUGGUCAACCGUAAGACAGGGAUAUUUUCCAUGGAGGUGAAGAAGACAGUCGACAAAGGGAAACGUGUUCUUGUUCUGCACAAUGAUUACUACUACACAGACAUUAAAGGCACACCUUUCAGCCUAGGGGUAGCCCUUUCAAGAGGUCAUGGUAAAUUCUUCUUCAGAGGGAAUGUCACAGUUGAGGAAGGUCUUCAUGACUUGGAGCACCCUGAUGUAGAGCUGGCCGACGAGUGGACCUACUGUAACACAGACGAGUAUCCUGAGCACCGCUACCUCUCCCAGAUAGAAGCCAUCAAACUGUACCUGAGUGGCCAUGAGCCUCUGCUGCAAUGCGACAAGGAGCUGAUUCAGGAGGUCCUGUUUGACGCCGUGGUUACCGCUCCGUUAGAGGCCUACUGGACUAGCCUGGUGCUCAACAAGUCAGAGAACUCUGAUAAGGGUGUGGAGAUAGCCUAUCUUGGCUCAAGGACUGGUCUCUCCAGGAUCAACCUCUUUGUGGUGCCUGACGAACUCACCAACCAAGACUUCCUGACUGCCGAGGACAAGGAGGGGGUGUUCAACGCUGACCACUUCCCCCUGUGGUACAAGAGAGCUGCAGAGCAGGUUCCGGGAACCUUUGUCUACUCUCUUCCGUUCAACUCUGGAUCAGAGAACAGGAGUGUGGUGUUGGCCAGCACUGCCAUUCAACUCUUGGAUGAGAGGAGGUCACCCAUUGCAGCUGCUGUGGGCAUCCAGAUGAAGCUGGACUUCUUUAAGAAGAAGUUCUGGACGGCCAGUAGACAGUGUGCGGCUCUGGACGGGAAGUGUUCCAUCAACUGCGAUGAUGAGAACAUCAACUGCUACCUGAUCGACAACAACGGCUUUGUGCUGGUGGCCGAGGACUACACACUGACGGGGAAGUUCUUUGGAGAAGCUGAGGGAGCCGUAAUGAAUAAGCUGCUGCAGAUGGGCUCCUUCAAGCGGGUGACCCUCUACGACUACCAGGCCGUCUGCCUGAUCUACUCGGAGAGGAGCGACAGCGCUCACACUCUGUUGGACCCGUACUUCGCCCUCCUGGCCGUUGCCAAGUGGAUCCUGACCGAGCUAAUUGUGUUUCUGGUGGAGUUCAACCUGUACAGCUGGUGGCACUCUGAUCUCACUGUCAAAGCCCAGAGGUCGGGGCGCCCCAUGUAUGUGCCGUGUGACACAGAGUACCCGGCCUUCGUCUCCGAGAGAACUAUCAAGGAGAACACGGGCAACAUCGACUGUGACGGCUGCCUCAAGUCCUUUGUGGUGCAGCAGAUCCCCAGCAGCAACCUCUUCAUGGUGGUGGUGGACAACAAGUGUGACUGCAGCAUGGUGGAGCAGAUCACCAUGGACCCCGUGGAGAUCAUCUAUAAUGAAUCUCUCAAGUGCGAGAGGCUCAAGUUCCAGAAGGACAGAAGGCGCCCGGAUACCUGUCACCCGUUCCACCCGGAGGAGAACUCCAUGGAGUGCGGGGGCGCCUGGGGUCUCACCCCGUCGCUCGCGGCAACGCUGCUCUGCCUCCUCCUGCCUCUGUUCCCUAGGUGACCGGGGAUGAGCACGGCCACCACCCACACCAGCCCCACUCCCAUCCGGAGCGUGACUUGGA